AUGAAGACAAUUGCUAUUGUAAUGAGGUCUCUGAAUGACGAAGUCCCAUCUCUUAAGGCCCCGGCAGCAGGCGCGCUCCUGAAGUCAGCAAAGCACAUCGUGAUAAUAUUCAUAGAGAGGAACAAGAUAUUUCUCUUCAACGAACCACAUGUGAUGCUCGAGUCCGAAAAGAUCUUGAGCAUCGAGCAAAAGCUCCACAGAAAGGCUGUUGUUGCACAUCUUGAAAAAGCAGCACAGACAGUGAAGAAGAUGAACCCCAAGGCGGAAAUAUCAAAGCUUGUGAUCAGCGGGGAUGAAAAGUAUAAAAUAAGGAAAUGCCUAGAAUGCCUGGAGGUUCAAGCAGUCAUGUUUAUUGCCAAGCACAAGAAAAAGAAGUUUUAUGAGUACUUUGUCCAGUCGCUGGAGGAUUAUGUAUUUGAGAUCGUGAAGAUCCCGAUCAUUAAGGUGUUAACCCCGGAACACUGUCUCCAGAUUCCUUGA